CCCGCCCGCCGCCGGCGGCGCACCCCGCCCGGCCCCGGAGGCGCACCAUGCCUGCGGACACCCCAGGGAAGCCGAGGGCCUCGCCGCUGGCAGGAGCGCCGGCCAGCGCUAGCCGAACCCCGAAUAAGCCCCGGAGUGCGGCGGAGCACCGAAAGUCCUCCAAGCCGGUCAUGGAGAAGCGGCGCCGAGCGCGCAUCAACGAAAGCCUCGCGCAGCUCAAGACCCUCAUCCUGGACGCUUUCAGGAAGGAUAGCUCCCGCCAUUCGAAGCUGGAGAAAGCAGACAUCCUGGAGAUGACCGUGAGGCACUUGCAGAGCCUGCGGCGAGUGCAGGUGACAGCCGCGCUCAGCGCCGACCCCGCGGUCCUGGGCAAGUACCGCGCCGGCUUCAACGAGUGUCUCGCGGAGGUGAAUCGCUUCUUGGCCGGCUGCGAGGGCGUCCCGGCCGAAGUGCGCUCUCGCCUGCUCGGCCACCUGGCGGCCUGCCUGGGCCAGUUGGGGCCCUCGCGCCGCCCCGCCCCGGCACCCCCCGCUGCAGAGGCCCGCGCGCCCGAGGUCUACACGGCUUGCCCGCCGCUCCCGGCUUUCGACGGCCCCUUCCCCCUGCUGCGCCCCGGGUACGCCUUCGCGCUGCGGCUCCCGCCGGGCCUGACCGGGACGCCCCCCACCGUCCCUAGGGCGGGGCUGCAGAACCGGGGCGCGCCCUGGAGGCCUUGGCUGCGCUGAGGCUGCACACGGUUCUGGGGCCGUGGCCCUUGCUGAGAGCGUGCCUGAGAAUAUUUGUUUCCAGAGGCCGCGUGGAGGGAGCUUUGAUCUUUUCUUUGUGAAGACUCUAGGCUGGCGUUUCUUUCAGCCCUUAGUUCUGGGGCUCUGCUGGUUACUUUGCGCCAGACUUCUGGGGCAGGACUGCGGGUGGCCCUUCCCCCAGGCUCUGUACCCUGCCUUUCCUCUACCCCAAGGCUUGGCCGAUGUGCCUGCCUCUGUGGAGGAGCCAGCGACCCUCCUGGAAGCACUAGGAAUGUGAGAAGCCACUGAGGAGGCCCAGGAAAACGACAACUAGUCAUCACAUUUUCUGGAAUGUAUCCCAAUGUCAGAAAGCAGUCUUGGCGGCAUCAUUGGGCAAGACAUUUCCUGCUGAAUAAUAAAUGAAGCACCUUCCCCAGGCUCUGUAGUGGGGGUGGGGGAGGAAUCAGGACCUCCUCCUGAGGAGAAGAAGGCUAGAAGGCCUGCCCAUCAUUUCCCCUCCACCAGUAGGUGGAGUCUCAUUCAAUACGUGGGGUCUCCUUCCAGCCCAGUUCCUGGCAGUCGGAGAGUGGGUAAAUGUUUGCUAAAUUCAUGUGCAUGGUCAGCAGUACUGCCUGCCUCUGUGGGUGUGGGAGCCUUGUGUGUCUGGGUCCCAUCUGCCUGUGGGGCCAGGGCUUGGGACCAAACAAUGACAGCAAAUCAUGGGGGUUUGAAAUUUAGAGAAAGAAUCAGUCUCUGUGGUGACAGAAGUUGGCCCAUGAAACUGCAGUCAGUUGGAAAUUUGGAGUGGUGGAGGGGCAGGGCUGUUUGAGCCCUGGCUUCUGAGAGGUGAGGCCUUAGUUCCCCCCACCAAAUCAGUGGUCCCCUGAUUAUCUCCAGGCCCCAGCAGCCUCUUCCCAUCACCUGGCAAGCUUUCCAGGGCAGGAAGUUGAGCCUACAGGAUCCCACAGCUGUGCCUGGCUGCUCUGUCUCAGCUUCCUAGAGCCCUAGGGACUAGAUCUAUCCUGGGAUGUACUAUGGGCAAGAAAAUAGGCCCUGGGGUUGGCAGCUUCCUAGAAGGCCACCAGCAAUCCCCCUCCUGGUUUGUAGGCUUGUGGAUGUGUUGAGAGGUUGACUCACAUGAUCAAUAGGGCCCUGCAGAAGCCAUGUGAUGUCUCUUUAAUGUUAGUUUGCAAGUCCAUCUUAUUCUGUCUCUUUCUGUCACAUCAUUCACUCUGGGGGAGGCCAGCUGUCCUUGACUAUGAAGAGGCCAACUGAGUGUGGACCUGAGUGAGAGUGAGUUUAGAAGUAGAUUCUCCAACUCCUUGAGCCUUUGGAGGAGACCCCAGCCACUGUCAACAUCUUGACAGCAACUUCAGGAGAAAUCGAGCCAGAACCACCCAGCUGAGCAGCUCCUGAAUUUCUCUCUCAGAAACUGUGUGAGAUGGGGGAUCCCUGGGUGGCGCAGUGGUUUAGCGCCUGCCUUUGGCCCAGGGGGUGAUCCUGGAGACCUGGGAUCGAAUCCCACGUCAGGCUCCCGGUGCAUGGAGCCUGCUUCUCCCUCUGCCUCUCUCUCUCUCUCUCUCUCUCUCAUGUGACUAUCAUAAAUAAAUAAAAAUUAAAAAAAAAAGAAA